AUGCGUGGUUUUCGACUCAAGUACGACCGAUGGCUGCAGGAUUCGCCAUUGCUGACAAAAGGUAUCACCUCGGCCAUUCUCUUUGGUCUGGGCGAUCGACUUGCACAACGGGUCGAGACAGCUGAGACGCUUCAUGGCGACGAAAGUGACGUGGAAGACCGGUAUGGACUUGAACGGACGGCACGGAUGAUGGUGUGGGGUGGACUUGUAUUCGGUCCCCUUGGUCACGUGUGGUACAAUUUUCUUGAGAAGACCAUUCAAGGCAAUAGUACGGCUGCAAUCAUCAAGAAAAUUGCCGCGGAUCAACUUGUUCUCGCACCACCACUAGCACUCGCUUUCUUCACAUAUGCUGGUUCCGCGGAAGGUAAACCACUACGUGAUACAGUCCAAAGUGCAGUGACGAAAUUCCGUCCAACACUUGCAGUGAAUUGGGCCGUGUGGCCAUUGGUGCAUGUGGGCACGUUUGGCUUCGUGCCCUUGCAGUAUCGAGUUUUGUACAUUAACCUAGCAAACGUCGGAUGGUCUGCCUUCCUGUCACAAAUGGCAAGCAACGAUGGACAAGUCUCGGAAGUAAACAAGAUGGAUUCCAACUCUCUUGGGCAGCAGCUUAAUGGCUUGGAAGAUUAA